AUGACGUUGCAAGUCCGUAAUUCCAGAGAGAUUCAGUUUCCCAUUACAGUCAGCUCAGUGGGUUCUAGAAGGAAGCCUGCAAAUCUAUCUGACGUCUUGACCACAUCUGGCGACACCGCUGAUCUCGCACGGAACCUCAGUUCAUAUGUAGACUCAAAAAUACCUCCUGGUUUGAGCAUUUGUGUGCUCAUUGUUCUUUCAGUAGUGGCCUUCGCUCUGAUACUGAUGGGAACGUUCCACAUCCCGUUCUGUCAGGCGCAGCCGAUGAUUCCCAUCUGGCUCAUCGUUGCCGGAAUACUUUUCAUCAUAAGUGCAACAAUGCGUAUUUAUCGUAUGAUUCCGACUCCUAGAGGCGGACACCGAUCUCAGCUAAUGUCGUUCGACCUUUGCUGCCGACUUAGCGAGGCCUUGAUGGUGGUCAUCAAUGUCGUAUGGCUGACACUAGGUUGCAUAUGGGUAUAUGGCAGCAAGCCUUAUGUGCAUUUUGAAGAGCACAUGUUUGAAGAACACUAUUGCGACUCGACUCUGUACUGGGUAGCAUUUUGGACAUGCACACUUUACUUGGUUAUGGUUUGCAUCUUGAUAAUUCUACUGAUAAUUCUGAUGGCUGUCAUUUCAUCAAAAGAGUCUGCCGAAGGUGAAUUGGAAACUUAA